CAAUUGAAUGUCAUUUGAUUAUCUGAUUGAUGAUGAAGUGGACCAAUGUUUUGGUGACAGUUGGCAGCACUCGCUUUGAUAAACUGAUUGCUGUUAUGACUAACAAUCAAUCUCUUGAAGUAUUGUCAUCAAUGGGUUGCAAUAAUCUUAACAUACAAUAUGGUUCAUCUGAUUGUCCAUCAGUUAUUGGCACCAAAUUUAAGAUAAAUAUCACAACAUUUGACUACAAGAAUAAUAUUGACGAAGAUAUUAGAAGAGCUGAUGUAGUGGUCGGACACGCGGGCGCCGGAACCGCUUUGGAAGUGCUUCGACAGCACAAACCGUUACUUAUGGUUAUAAACGAUGAACUGAUGUCAAACCAUCAGAAAGAAUUGGCCAACACUUUGCAAUCUGAAGAAUAUCUUUGCUAUUGCUAUACAAACACUUUAAUAAAUAGUUUGAAGUAUUUUAAUGGCAAACAAUUGAAAUCAUUUCCAGAAGCAAAUCCACAAUUGUUUGCCAAUUAUGUCGACAAUAUCUUCUUCGACAAUAAAGACUGUGAUAAAUACCAUUAAACAUACAAUAGUUUUUAAUUUUUUUAAUUUAAUUUAUUUAAAACAAUAAGUCAUAAUACAAAACCUUAAAAUGAAUAAUUGAUAUUUAAGUUAAAAAUAUGUUAAAAAGCAUUUUCAUGUAUGUCUUUGGCACUGAUUAUAUAG